GUUGAUAGACCAUCAAGAACUCAAAAAAUGGAAGGUGGAGUGAAGGGUCUAGAGUAUCAAGCCGAGCCAAGAGAUGCAUACAAAGUUGCUUACGUUAUUCAUUUCUUGCUGGGAGCAGGCAAUUUGCUUCCUUGGAAUGCAUUUAUCACAGCGGUUGAUUACUUUGGCCAUCUCUAUCCAACCAAGCAUGUUGAGAAGGUCUUCUCUGUUGCUUACAUGAGUUCAUCAGUGGUAGUACUUGUGAUGAUGAGCUGUGGGAGCUGGUGGGAGAAGAUGAGCCCUAGACUGAGACUCAACUUGGGAUUUUCUCUUUUUAUUCUCUCUUUAAUGGUGGCUCCUGUAACAGACUGGUUUUGGUACAGUACAACUGGGUCAAGUAGUGGGAGAGCCAAUGCAGGUUAUGGUGUGACAGUUGCAUCAGUUGUAGUGUGUGGCUUAGCUGAUGGCUUGGUUGGAGGAAGCUUGAUGGGAUCCGCCGGAAAGCUUCCAAAAAAGUACAUGCAAGCUGUUUUUGCUGGAACUGCUUCUUCAGGUGUUAUAAUUUCUCUUUUGAGAAUUUCAACCAAGGCAAUGCUUCCACAGACCCCAAAAGGUCUUAGAACAAGCGCCCACUUGUAUUUUAUGGUCAGCACCGUAUUCCUCCUAUGCUGCAUCAUUGGUUGCAACUUGCUGUACAGGUUAACAGUCAUGCAGGAACAUUGUAAACUUGUUCAAGAUGAAUCAUUCUGCUCAAGACCGAAAUUUUGGGCUGUGGCGCGAAAAGUCCCUGGGCCAGCUUUUGGGAUUUUCAUAAUCUAUACUGUGACUUUGUCAAUUUUCCCAGGAUUUAUAGCUGAAAAUCUGGAAUCCAAGCUUCUUCAAGAUUGGUACCCUAUUUUGCUGAUCACAGUGUACAACAUUGCAGAUUUAGUGGGCAAGUCUUUGACUGCGGUUUAUCUUCUAAAGAGUAUCAAAAAGGCAACGUGGGCUUGCAUUACCAGACUCCUAUUUUAUCCCAUCUUCACUGCUUGCCUCCAUGGACCAAUAUGGCUGAAAACUGAAAUUCCAAUGGUUGUUCUCACAUUUUUGCUUGGACUGACCAAUGGGUAUCUGACAAGUGUUAUCAUGAUGACAGUUCCGAAAACUGUACCAGUUUCAGAGGCAGAGCUUUCUGCCAUUGUAAUGGUUGUGUUCCUCGGAGUUGGGUUGGUCAGUGGUUCGGUUCUCGGCUGGUUCUGGGUCUUAUGAGCCUCACUAGGUUACUUCAUUCUGUAUUUCAUUGUUAGAAAUGCUAAAACCUUGUCAAUGUAUGUAAGCUUAUAAAACAAUUGCUAAGUUCUUAAAAGACUAGUUUCAGAAAACUCGUCUUAAUGCUUUAAGCAAAAUCAAUCUGGAACUCUUUUCUCUGCAAAAAGAGAGAAUAACAAAGGCCUAACUUGUCAAAAUCGUUCGCUUGGCUGCUGAGAAGAUGCAGAUAAAAGAGAGGGCUAAUGUGGAACUUUAUGAAAGAAAAUUCCAACCACUUAGGCAAGUGUUUUUUCAGGAUCUAGCAUACUGCACACUUUUUGACAAGUUUGGUCCCUAUUAAAGAAAGCUUUUCCAUUUC